AUGACUGCGUUGGAGCGGAGUCCCGAGGCGGCGACCGAGACGACUGCGGAGGAGAGGCUUGCGUUGGAGCGGAGGUUCGAGGCGGCGACCGAGACGACUGCGGAGGUGGAGGCGGUGCGUCUGGACCUGGACCUGGGUGCGCUGGGCGCCCUGUUUGAGGAGUGCAUCGAGGAGGUGGGCCGUCUGGAGCGUCGGCGGGACGCGCUGGUGUCGGAGCUCCUGGAAGCGGAGCGGCCGCUGGCGGAGGGGGUGCAGGCGCUGCGGGCCGAGCUGGGCCACGCCCACAAACAGCUGCAGCACUGCGACCUGCAGAAGGAGGACCUGAGGGAGAGCAUGCGCCUGCUCAAGAGGCAGCUGUUCGCCGUGGCCAAGGCCUGCGCUCAGAGCCAGAUGGAGCUGUCGUCACGGAAACACGACGUGCAGCAGCUGGGCACUCUACAGGAGGAGCUGCAGGUGCAGUUCCAGACGCUGACAGAGGAGGCAGCGCAGCUACGCUCACAGCACCAGAGUCGGCUGCAGAGUCUGCAGGAGCAGGAGGAGGAGGUGCAGGAGACCCCCGCCCCCGCCGACCUCCUCUCCCCCGGCCGCCGCGCCUCCUGCGACCUGCAGCAGUACCUGCAGGGGGCGCUGUGUGCGCUGGAGGAGUGGUACGAGCCGCGCCUGGUGGCCCUGCUCAAGAGGAGGGAGGGCGGGCAGGAGGCCCUGCGGAGGGCCAAGGAGGAGGCGCAGGAGCUCAGGGGCCGGCUGGGGCCCCUCCGGGAGGAACACCAGAGACUGCUGCUGCAGAGGGCCUGCCUGGAGGAGAAGCACACGCUCAUGGACCACCACAGGAGGGAGAGCCUGGACCACUACAAGGGCACUGUGGAUCAUCUGGAGGAGAGCAGUCGUCAGCUGAGGACGGAGCUGCAGGUUCAGCGCAGGAAGACCAAAGAAAUGGAGGCUCUGAAGAACAGCCUCAUGGAACAGCUCUGCCUCUACAGAGACCGAACAGAAGACCACGAGGAGGCGGAGCCCCAGGCCCUAGGAGACCAUGGCAACCAGCAGCCUUCCAUGGUGGAGGUGCAGAACUGAGGCUGUGGGGGUGGAGUCCUGAGGCUGAGGGGGAGGAGACAUGAGGCUGUGGGGGCGGAGCCCUGAGGCUGUGGGGGGCGGAGACAUGAGGAUGUGGGGGCGGAGACCUGAUGGGUGGGGGAGGAGUCCUGAGGCUGAGGGU